AUGGCCAGCGGUAGGCCUCCCGGGUCGCAUCCAACCGCUGGUCGCGAUGACGACCUGCUGUUGGAUUCCGGACCAACGUACAACAGUGGCCAAGGCCCCCCGGUGAAUGACGAACACCUGUUAGAGCAAUUCAACAUCGACGAUUCCGAACAACCGUACGAGCAAACGCACCCGCGCCCUUCCGUAUCCUACGAUAACUUUGUCGGUUCUCGCGCACCACAGCAUGCACAACAACAUGCUGCUUCUGGACUGUCGCAUCCCCCGGUCAAUCCCGGAAUCCCCCAAAACGACCCCUACUCCGCCGGAAUGAGAGAUCGCAGCUAUUCCCAAACGUCGGGGUUAGACAACUAUCGACGCUACUCGUUGGACGAUUUUGACGAUGGGCAUUCGGGCUAUUAUGAUCUUGACGCGGACGAGGACCGCAUUGCCAGCUCUCACCAUGUUCGCAAGGCAAAUGAGCGCAACAGCGUCCUCGGACUUGGAGGCGGUAUUAUGGGCAAGGCGAAAUACAUGUUUGGCAUGGGGCGCAAGAAGAGCAACAGUCGACAGCAGUGCAUCUCCAGCGCCACCUCGCAAGGAACGCAAGAAGUUCAGCGCGUCUGA